AUGAAAGAACAGCAAGAUAUCUUUGAUCGUCUCGACCUGCUCUCUGGCGUGCGCUCCAACGAGAAAGAGUCAGGACGCGGGCGUGCUCGAACCGGCCUCACUCGAUGGGGAUUUGCAAACAGAGACUCUGCGCACGGCAACAAGGCUUGCGUUUCGGUUCGCAAGACCUGCCACGUACAGGCCAUGUUACUUACUCGCUCGCUUCUGCGAGGGACAUGUCUACUGGUUCUUGCAGCUCUCCAGCUGGGUAGCUCCACGCCUGGCCUGUAUGCCUUUGCGCUCUUCUCGACCAACAUCGAUGACCUCGUCCUCUCAUCUGUUGCAGCUCCCGUGAGAGCGACUCCGCCAGCCAGUGAUGCUCUCGCACAGGUCCAGAAUCUGCUCGGCGAUGCCUCAAGGCGCGCUAUGGAUGCUGUCAAUGGGAUCGGCCAAAGCUCGGAUGCCAUCGAUGUAGCCGGCAGUUUGUUGGCUGCUGUCAGGUCUACCAUCGAAACCAUAGCUGAUCAAGCUCGAUAUCUCCCAAGCAAAGCAGGCAUCAACGCUACAGACCCGGCACAAUUCGUGCGCUGGUCGACAGAGCCAACUCGAAUUCACUUUGGUCUCGGCGGUGUCUGCAGCGAGUCCGGUAGCAGCCUACUCACUUGCGGCCACCAUCGAUCGAUACGUCUACAGAGACUGCAUGCGCUCUCACACAUGCUAGCGAUUAUGCAUUGGAUAGUCUUUGUGGUACUGAUUGCGACAAGCUUGCCCACCGCUCUGUCUACAAAUGUUCGCGAUGUUGCCCUCGUAUCACUGUUGGUGCUCGUCGCAAGCGACAAAGUCCUCUUUGAAGUGGUCGCGCGGCCAGAACUGCCCGUCGAUUCGACCGGUUGGCGAGCGCUGUCAAUCACCCCGGCCCUUCUCAUCUUUGAUCGCGCGCGAGUCUGGCGAGAGAAGACUGCCGCCCACCAUCAACUUCUGAAGGCUCGCAAAGGAUGA